AUGGAGCUACCAGCCAACAAGAGUUCUCAUUCACGGCUAACUAAGCAUUCGUUCAGAGUUGACAAGGGAGAGGGUAGACUGAAGACCAUCACAUCAAUCAGUCAUGCGGUCGGUUUGGGACCCUUUUACGAAAAAACCGUUGAUCCGAUCCAAGAGUCAGACUUUGCUAUAGGAGGAAGCAAAGCUGUCAAGCCGAAACCAGUGCUACCCUCAAGUAACCCAAUGGACGUACGAAUAUCUGCUUCGAAAGGACCAAAGAGAAAGGGAAGCCUUAGCACAGUAGCAGGUAAAGAGAGAGGGAUUGCUCGGCAGGGAAGACGGGAGAAUAUCCAAACCCGAAUCACAGACAGGCACUCUACUCAAUAUACAAUAAAAAAGUUAACUAAGGGGAUCACAACGGCGAAGGGGGCCAAUCGAGGAGACUGGAGGAGCUGGAUGCAGCGAUUCGGAAGUAGCGAAUCCACUGGAAUUAAAAUAUUUAGUUGGAUCGCUACCAUGUGGGGGGGUUCGAUACAAUACAAAACACCCAUGUUAUUUGCUGUAGGGUUCAUCUUUUUGUUCACCAUAGGAGGACUCACUGGAAUAGUCCCGGCAAAUUCAGGGCUAGACAUUGCUCUACAUGAUACUUAUUAUGUGGUUGCACAUUUCCAUUAUGUACUUUCUAUGGGAGCCGUUUUUGCUUUAUUUGCAGGAUUUCACUAUUGGGUGGGUAAAAUCUUUGGUCGGACAUACCCUGAAACUUUAGGUCAAAUCCAUUUUUGGAUCACUUUUUUCGGGGUUAAUCUGACCCUCUUUCCCAUGCAUUUCUUAGGGCUUUCGGGUAUGCCACGUCGCAUUCCAGAUUAUCCAGAUGCUUACGCUGGAUGGAAUGCCCUUAGCAGUUUUGGCUCUUAUAUAUCCGUAGUUGGGAUUCGUCGUUUCUUCGUGGUCGUAACAAUAACUUCAAGCAGUGGAAAUAACAUAACAAGGGCGAACAUUCCUUGGGCUGUUGAACAAAAUUCAACCACACUGGAAUGGCUGGUACAAAGUCCUCCAGCUUUUCAUACUUUUGGAGAACUUCCAGCUAUCAAGGAGACGAGAAGAAGGAGCAAGCCCUAUUAAGAUUAAGAUUAAGAUUAAGGGAAGGGAAGAGGCUAUUUUACUAGACUAGCUCUGAUACGCGCGUGCAAGAGAUUAAGUUUAGUGUAAGGUGCAAGGCGAAAGUCAUAAAGGAAAUCGAACUCCCAGUCUCAUUCCCGGCUAACCGUGAACAGAGUGAAGGGGGGCCAAGAGCUUUUUAGAAGGGGUCUUUAUUCAACAAUAUUCCCCGGGCUAACCUAUAUCCUAUUCCUCUUCCAGCUGGCGGGUUCUCUUUUAUAGAGAAUCAUAAUAAGUAAGGCAAAGAGAGCUCCAUGUGGGAAUCGUGGAAGAUGGUGUCAAAGCACCUCCCCUCGCUCCACUAGCUAGGUAACUCAUCUUUCUAACUAAGAAAGCAUAAAAUCCUUUAAGCCCGCCUGUUUAGCAAUCCAGCUAUGGAGUCUACUACGAGGGCCAAAGCUGAGCUUUGGUCCACCACCUGGAUAGGGUUCUAGGGAAAGGGAAACAGAAGAGAGCUCUCUAUGGAUGGCUGUAGUCCCUUUUAGAGAAGCCUUCUUCUGCUGCCUUUUUCGGUUAGUUUAGGUCCUGGUCCUGAGUAAGAGCCAAUAAGGUGCUAGCCCGGCCCCUUGGUCUGGGUCUGGGUACAACUAGAGAAUAUUUAUCUGUCUUUUUGGGACUUUUUCAGCGUAUUUUUCCUUAUCUUUUAGGUAAGUGAAGUGACCAGGGCACGAACGCUCUAACAAGUUAAGGUCUUUCUCAACCAAAGCAUGUUGAUUGCACUUUAUGCAGAUAAAGUGAUCAAAGUGAGGAUAAUCCUUUAGGUGCUGUCUACGAACACCAUCCGCGAACAUCAAAGGCUGCGGUAUCUUAUCGAACCGAUGACCGAAUGGAUUGGAGAAAGCAGAAAUAAAAGUCCUAGGCAGUAGACUUUCCAACGGCAGACUCUCUGGCAGCAGAGAUUAGGAGACAGCAGAUGUGGUAUCAUCUAAAUCAUCCGAUUCCGUAGCAGAACCCGACCUUGGAAUUGAAUGUGUUAAGCAUAUGAUUUUCCCGUCUUGUCAAGAGUGGUCAGAAAUGGGAGACAUCUUCUUCUCAAGACUUUUUUUCCCUCCUCUCAGAGGUGGAAUUCGGUCACUCGGGUAAGAAAAUAAGGCAUUGAAAGACGUGAACCAAAUCAUUUAAGCGUCCACGUAUUGGCUUCGAUUCUGGCAGAAGCGGGAUGGGACUUUAUUACGUAGAUAGACAGAAGAGGGCCUAGCUGGCUUGACCCAGAGAAGAAUGUUGAGUUGAGGAAAAGAAGCCUUCCCAAUUAAAAUCUUUUCCUGUCGAUGUAGUCUUUUCUUCUCUGUCCUGCUCCCCGGAAAAGGGCGAAGCGGAAAUGGAAUAAAAAAGAAGAAAGCUGGUAGAUUCAGGCUACCCUAGUAGCGUAGAUUCCGUCCCUCCCAGUUCACAGAUGUAGUUGCGUGUAGUUCACUUUUUUCUUCGAGAUUGGCUUGGUGUUAAGUGUACCGCUUGUGUAGCCUAUGCGAAGCGAACAAGCAAGGGAUUGAGCUGCGCGAAAGCCGCGUUCGCGCAUUCGUUUUCUUGCUGGCUGGGUACAAGAUCGAAAA